UCUAUUGAUCCGAUUCACAGAGUGGGGCACUCAGCUCAGACUCAUCACUCAGUCCAUUCGCUGUUAUUUGAAGAAAUUAAAGAAUUUCUACAGCUGUUUGGUUAUAACUUAAGAGUUUGUUUGCUGUGAGAGACCAUGAAGCCAGCAGUGGUUCUGCUGGGCCUGGCGCUCCUGCUGGACACAACUUUUGGAGCAGAAGAGUCCUGCGUGGGUCGCUGUGGCUCCUUCAGCUCACAGAACAAAUGCCAGUGUGACUCUAUGUGUGUGUAUUAUGGGAGCUGCUGUGAGGACUUUUACACCAUCUGCCCCAAAAAGGUUUCUCGUGGGGACACGUUUGGAGAAGCAGAAAUGGAUCCAAAUAUGAGCACAACAGAGCAAACACCAAAUGUAAACACGGUGGCCCCGACAGGGCCCUCCUCUCUGACCCCGCCACCCAGGGCCCCUCAUGGGCCCUCGCCCACAGUCGACCCCAACGCAGCGCCCUGCAGCGGCCGACCUUUUGACGCGUUCCUGCAGCUGAAGAACGGAUCGAUCUACGCAUUUAGAGGUUUAUAUUUCUUUGAGCUGGAUGACAGGUCGAUUCUUCCUGGUUACCCUAAACUCAUCGAGGAGGUGUGGGGAAUCGCAGGACCCGUCAGCGCUGCAUUCACCCGCAUCAACUGCCAAGGAAAGUCAUACAUCUUCAAGGGCAACCAGUACUGGAGAUUUGAUGGCGAUAUCUUAGAUGAGGACUAUCCCAGGGACAUUUCCGUCGGCUUUGAAAACAUCCCAAACGAUAUAGAUGCAGCUUUUGCUGUACCUGCACCAAGUCACCAAGGGAAAGAGAAAGCCUACUUUUUUAAAGGUGAUAAGUAUCACCAGUACGAGUUCAAGCACCAGCCGUCCCAUGAAGAGUGCGUCUCCAUGAGCAGAACCUCUCCGUCUGUUCUGUUCACCCAGUACACAGACCUGUUCUGCGAACACCCACUGGAGAACCUCUUCACAGAUCUCUUUGAAAGCUUCUACACUCACAACUCUAGCCCCCAACUCACGUUUAGGGACUGGAAAGGCGUUAGCCCUCCUGUUGACGCUGCCUUGGUAGGAAAGGUUUCUCUUAGUCCCAAGCCAACAAUAUCGUCUCCACCAGCAAGACGGAGGGGCAAAGGGCGGAGAAGGAGACCCAGCAACAGACAUGACCCACAGCGCAGAAGGCAAAGUCGCUACGUGUUUGAUGAUCUGUGGUUCGAUGACGAUUUGUUUGACUUUGGCCUAGAUUACAGCGACACGGCUGAAGUAGCUACAGUCCAGGAAUACAAAAGCACCCCAGUUCAAAAUGUCUACUUUUUCAAGAAAGACAAGUAUUACAGAGUGUCUCUGCGGACUAAACGGGUGGACGCCGUUAGCCCCCCUUAUCCAAGAUCCAUUGCAAAAUAUUGGUUGGGCUGUGAAGAGGAAGACCUGACUGAUUCAUCCAGGGCAGAGAAGAGAUAGAUCAUCUAAGACACAGACACAUCUAUGCAAUAAACACCCUGCGCCCAGUGAUAAUAGCAUACUUAUUUGUUGCUACUGCUUUUUUUCUUAUGCAUGUGCUAAACCUGCACAUGAUUUAAUUCACGUUAAAGGGAUAGUUCAGGUUUAUUUAAGUAAACAAUGAAAACCAGUUAAGAUUAACUCUACAUAACUCUCUUUUUUGUUACUAUUUAGUACACAUGCAGAUUAGAUGGACCUAAAAUCCUGAAGAUAACACCUAGACCAAAACAGACAAAACCUUUGGUCUCAAAAUAAUCACAGAGUUUGAUGCAAAAUCAGUUUUAAGAACUUUUAAACUGUGUUCUUGUUUGCAUUUAGUGAUUAUUUAGACAGAAGAUGGUGAGUAUUUUCAUGGAAAAAGAAAGCAGGAUGUCCAUUGUACAACUUAAAUGAAAGGUUAGUAUAACAGCAAAUAAAAUCAACUAUGAGAUAACCUGCUCAUUAGAUGGAUUUCUUUAAUGCUUCCUAUUAAAAUUUGCCUAGAAAUCCAUUUUUAUUCUUUGGCUUCCCACCUCAGUAAGACUCUGUUUGAUCAUGUUUGUUGAAAUUGGUUUUAUGUAUGCCUUUGGUGUGCAGUUAUGUGCAACAUUUUUUUUCCAGCUGCAGUUGUUAGAAGACAAAAAUUGUGAUCUAUCCCUUUAAAUUUUAGUAUGCUUGGCAGUUUCCAUUCCUGUCUUUAGCAAUAUAAGUUGCAUGCUUGAGGCAUAUAGUUUGCCUUUUUAACGUUUUAAUCCUCAAAUACAUUUAUAAAAUUAGUGUUACGUGCAUAUGUAAUCUUUGACACGCAGCUAUAUAUUGCCUCUGCAAAGAAUUGCUUUAUUCUUUAUCCUGCUUGGAAAAAACAUCUUACGUCUCUUUGGUUUGCAUCUCAGAUAUUUGGAACAGUUACGCCCUCUGGUGGACCUCUAGCGAAUUCUUCACAUGAAAUAAAUAUACACUGGUACAUUUUCUGUU